AUGGCCCCUCCUACUGCAACAUACACCGAGACCAAUGUCCCCGCCCCCGGCUUCGACACAGCGGAUGCUCAGCCCGCGGGCACUGCACCCAACGAGCCCAAGUUGAAGCAAGGCAAUGCCGAAGUUCAGAUGCAGAAAUUCCCUUCUCCGCCACGCUUCACCGAUAAAUAUGAGGAGAGAGAAUAUCUCAAGGGUCGUCUGGCACUCGCUUUCCGUCUUUUCGGAAAAUUUGGGUUCGAUGAAGGUGUCGCAGGCCACAUUACUUUGAGAGACCCCGUCGAUCCCACUACCUUCUGGGUGAACCCAUUCGGUUUGGCCUUCUCAGAGAUCAAGAAAUCUGACCUCAUCCUCGUCGACCAUGAUGGGAAAGUCAUUGAUGGAGGCCCGAACAGACUGCUCAACCAAGCCGCAUACAUGAUUCACGCAGCCGUCCACAAGGCCCGACCAGACGUCAACUGCGCCGCCCACUCACACAGUAUCUAUGGCCGCGCCUUCUGUGCCCUCGGUCGACCGAUCGACAUCAUCACACAGGACAGCUGUGCGUUCUACAAUGACCUUGCCGUGUACAAUUCAUUCAAGGGUGUGGUCCUGGCCAAGGAAGAAGGCGAGAACAUUGCCCGCGCGAUCGGAAACAAGAAGGCUUGCUUGUUGCAGAACCACGGUCUUUUGACAGUCGGACAGACGAUCGAGGCCACCAUAUUCUGGUUCUGCUCGCUGGAGAAGUGUUGCCAUGCCCAACUCAUGGCUGAUGCGGCUGCAGCUGGUCGUGGUGGAACAACCAUUCAGAUCGAUGACGAGGAUGCUGCGUUCACAUACAAGUCCGUCGGCACGCCUCGAGCUGGUUGGUUCAGCGCGAAGCCUCUGUUUGAUGUCAUGGCUAAAGAGGCUGGGGAUGAGUAUUUGCAGUGA